AGGACCCCGCGGCGUCUGUCCGUCACAUCCAGGCAGCUCAAGGCUAACGACCGUCGGAAUGAAAAUGCCGUCGUCUUUAUUCAACAUUGCCCUGGUUUCUUUUAUACUGGUUUUUAUUGCGUCACAUUUCGGAGAGGUGUUAGGCGAUGGCAAAGGACGAGGAUUUGGGGAACACAUUAACUGGCGGAGCCUUGAAGAUGGGAAGAUGGAGGCAGAAGCAAGUGGACUCCCUAUGAUGGUCAUUAUUCACAAGACUUGGUGUGGAGCCUGUAAAGCUUUAAAGCCCAAGUUUGCUGAAUCAAAGGACAUCUCUGAGCUGGCUCACAACUUUAUCAUGGUUAACCUGGAGGAUGAAGAGGAGCCAAAAGAUGAGACCUUCAGCCCAGAUGGAGGUUACAUUCCAAGAAUACUUUUCCUUGAUCCCACUGGUAAAGUCCACUCUGAGAUCACGAAUAAGAAUGGGAACCCCAACUACAAGUACUUCUACAGCAAUGCAGAUCAAGUUGUUACCAGCAUGAAGGAAGCUCAAGACAAGCUGACCGGAGAUGCCUUCAGGACGGCUCACAUCGGGGAUGAACUCUAAGCCAGAACACUGCUUCACCUUGCUGGUCACAUUAGAUCCAUCCAUAUAUUCAUCUCCAACCUCAGUUCCUAGUGUCAUUUCAUUUAAUCUGCUAUAGCACAAGACAAGCUUCAAAGAUGAAGGAUUUUUAAUGCAUUUUUAAUUUACAUUUCAAAGUAUCGCAGCAUGCGGUAGAUUGGCUUAUUACUUUGAGAACCAAAGCAUACUUACUGUUCGUGUCACACAAAGGGUGCUAAAAAGGUUUUUUUCCGUCUUACAUUUCAGAAAUUCAAAACUAAUUGAUCAUUUAAUUUUGAAAACAAUCGCCCAUCUUGACUGCAUUCUUAAGGCACUCCGUGUUUUUUUUUUUUAAGAAACAUGCCAGUAAGGCAAUUCUCAUGUGCUUCCAAGCCAUAUCUUACAAGCUGUGGUAAAACUGAUCCAGUUACCCAGUCGCUUUUAUGAAGAGCUUUAUAGUCCCCAAACCGUUCCCACCUAAAAACUACGUAUGUUUUCAUGACUGUACCAGUUUUAUGUUAAAAGUUAGAAAUGUUGACAGUAUCUCUUAAACUUGCCAAGUUUUAGUUCUCGAUAUAUGGAGUUACCUUUCAUUUUUACUGUUGACAAUACCUGUGAAUUAAUGCCUGUAAUGUGGACACUUUUUUUUUUUCUCUCUCUGUUGGGAUUGAAAGGAAAUUGUUCGUCUUCGCCAUACUGUAUUUUUUACCAAUAUGUAAAAUGAGGCUACAAAUAAAGUUGAUUAUAAAAUA